GUAUUUUGACCGUUGAAACAGUUGGAAGUGGGGUGCGUGCAGAGCGUAACGUUGCAUUUCUAUAUUUUCUUCACGACAUUCUCGCACACAGGUGCAGCUGCUGUGUGUGUGUGUGUGUGCGCGCAUACAUGUUUAGUGUUUAUGUAUGUGAGGGCGCGUGAAAAUCCCACAAUAUCAAGAGCAGCAGCAGGCAGCAGGAGAAUCACAGUCAGCUGUGUGUUUUGCUUCGUCUUCGUCGGCAAAAUGUGUGAAACAUAAAUGCAAAUUAAAUAUAAGCAUAAAUUUCAGAUUAAUAGCCGUGAAUAUUCCAAGUUGAGUAAAUUUUAAAAAGUGUGCAAAUAAAAACUACAACGCCUGCUAACAGCGCGCUCGCUCUUUGGCUUAGUGUUGUGUAGUGUGUGUUUUAUUUUUACUGGCAAUUGUUGUUGUAAGGUCGCCGCGGAUUUGGCUGUGUGUUCCUUUUAAGCCCCGCAGUCUACAUUUUGACAGCAAAAUCAAAGCAGGAGCAGCACAAGCAGAAGCAGCAGCAGCAGAGGAAACGGCAGCGAACUUGAGGGUGCAAUUGGUUUUUCGCGGCCUUUCAAAAGCUAUCCACAGAACAAUUUAUGUAGAAGACAAAAACAAGAGACGUACGUUUCUAAUGACGCGAACUAACCUUCAGUCACAAAUCAUCGUUGUCAGGCAAAAAGCACAACAACACGACAGCAAACAACAACAACAAUAACAACAACAAUCAAGCAAGCAGAAGAUUUAAUAAGGAAAAGGCCACUCGAUAAGGAACUCAUUGAGCAUACAUUUAUUUAUAAAUAAAUAAUUGAUAGGCAGACGGGCUGCAUGAAGGCUGAGUGCACAAGGAGACUGUUAAAUUGACUUAACCAAACGUGUGGCGCACAGAAAGGACACUCGUGUGUGUCGUGUCCUCGUCACUGCUUUCUCUUCAUAUCCAACUUCAGACUGAUUCACCGAUUCACCCGCUGCAGACUGCAGGCCAAAUUGCACAACAAACUGUGGAGAAUAGUGGAAAAUACUUGGUGAACGCAAUAGCAAAAUACAGCAAGAGGUAUUUCAAGUGGAAUGGCAACAAAUUGAAAUACGUGUCCUGCAGCAGACGUGUGGCAUGUGCAACAACAACUGCAACAACAAGUACAGAUAACUACGUAAAGAACAACAUAUCAGCAGCUUCCAGAAUUGUACAGCAAAUCAGCUGGAAACCUUUUUGGGCCACAUAUCCGGAUGCAUAAAUCAUCAAGAGCAGAGCGCGCACAUUGAUUAAUGUUACGCAUACGCAGUGUGUGCCAACCGAACGAGGCGCCCUUUAACUGUGACCACUCAACGACUUCCACUGGCCAUUAACAACUGGCCAACGCCCACAACAGUAGCUGAAAUUGCAGCCACAGUUGCACCAAAAGGAAACCCAUACAAAACUCAUCAUGGCAUUUAUAUGGCGACGUCGCUCCACAACAAUUGUGAAGCUGGUGGCACUGAUGCUGGCCAUUUGGUUCUGCAUCGCUUUCCUCAUCUACACGGACGACACGCGCCGGCGAGCGGCGCAGGAGACCAGCGGCUACGGUGCCAGUGGAAACAUCAACGCCGGUGGCGGUGGCGGUGGCGGCGGUGGCGGUGCCGGUGCCGGUGCCGGAGACCCAGUUGCAAUGGCCCUGAAAAAUGGUCCCAUCUCCGAAGAGGAACCAGGUAACGACAGCUUCGCUGUUUAUGACAAUGCCAUUGGAGAAUCCAAUCGCGUAAAGGUGAAACCACGUCAGCAGGACGACGAUUCGUUGCGCCAAAACGCAGUCGUCCAUGCGGUCGAGAAGCCCGUCCACAAGCAGAAGCCGCCACCCAAGGAGGACGAUAAAAGCGUUUUGGAUGCGCCUGUAGCUAAUCUUAAUGAUAAUCCCGGUGAGCUAGGCAAACCUGUGAUUCUGCCCAAGGAUAUGCCGAUAGAUAUGAAAAAGGCCGUCGACGAUGGCUGGACAAAGAACGCCUUCAAUCAAUAUGUAUCCGAUUUAAUAUCCGUGCAUCGUUCGCUGCCCGAUCCGCGCGAUGCCUGGUGUAAGGAUUCGGCACGCUAUCUAAGCAAUCUGCCCAAGACCGAUGUCAUCAUUUGCUUCCACAAUGAGGCCUGGUCCGUGCUGUUGCGCACGGUGCAUUCCGUGCUGGAUCGCUCGCCACCCGAGCUGAUUGGUCAGAUUAUCCUGGUGGAUGACUACAGUGAUAUGCCACAUCUCAAGAAACAGUUGGAGGAUUAUUUCGCCUCCUAUCCCAUGGUGCAAAUUGUGCGUGGACCGCAACGCGAGGGCUUGAUACGCGCUCGCCUCCUGGGCGCCAAAUAUGCCAAAUCUCCUGUCAUUACCUACCUGGAUUCGCAUUGCGAGUGCGCUGAGGGUUGGUUGGAGCCGCUUUUGGAUCGCAUAGCCCGCAACUCGACAACAGUCGUCUGUCCCGUUAUUGACGUUAUCGAUGAUACGACUCUGGAGUUUCACUAUCGCGACUCCAGUGGAGUCAAUGUGGGCGGCUUCGAUUGGAAUUUACAGUUCAGUUGGCAUGCGGUGCCGGAACGUGAGAAGAGGCGCCAUAACAACACAGCGGAGCCUGUCUACUCGCCUACGAUGGCCGGCGGUCUGUUUUCGAUAGACCGUGAGUUCUUCGAGCGUUUGGGCACCUACGAUUCUGGUUUCGAUAUCUGGGGCGGUGAAAAUCUGGAGCUGUCCUUCAAGACAUGGAUGUGCGGCGGCACACUCGAAAUUGUGCCCUGCUCCCAUGUGGGCCACAUAUUCCGCAAACGUUCGCCCUACAAGUGGCGCACGGGCGUGAAUGUGCUGAAAAAGAAUUCGGUUCGUCUCGCUGAGGUCUGGAUGGAUGAUUACUCUAAGUAUUAUCUUCAGCGCAUUGGCAUGGAUAAAGGCGACUACGGUGACGUUAGCGAACGCAAGAAGCUGCGCGAGGAUCUACAGUGCAAAUCUUUCAAAUGGUAUUUGGACAACAUUUAUCCGGAGCUCUUCAUACCCGGUGAUGCGGUGGCCAAUGGCGAGAUAAGGAACUUAGGUUAUGGCGGUCGCACCUGCUUGGACUCGCCGACGGGCAAGCGGAACAUGAAGAAGCCUGUUGGCCUAUAUCCGUGCCACAAGCAGGGUGGCAAUCAGUAUUGGAUGCUGAGCAAGGCUGGCGAAAUACGACGCGAUCAAUCCUGUCUAGACUAUGCCGGCAAGGAUGUGAUACUCUUCGGCUGUCACGGCUCCAAAGGCAACCAGUUCUGGACAUAUCAUGAGAACACUAAACUGUUGCAUCACGGCUCUUCGGGCAAGUGCCUCGCCAUCAAUGAAGGCAAGGACAAGCUCAUCAUGGAGGAGUGCGAUGCCUCGCACCUACGCCAGCACUGGCUGCUGGAGAACUACGAUAGCUCCAAGUUGUGAGGCUACUUCUAUGCGAAGGGCACCAUACUGGUGCCCACAUUGCAGAGCAUGCGCGCAUAGCAGGACAUUCAAGGAUACUGAACAGGAGCAGCAGCAGCAGCAGCAGUAGGCGUAGGAUUAGAUGUUAACGAUAGUUUUUAAUCAAAUGACACGGCCUGCGAGAGUUGUGCAAUAGGCAGUAGUAAAGUAUUUGCCAUGGCUUUUAACUAAAGCAGUAACAUGUACACACACACACACACACACACGUACUCAUACACACACAUUCACGCGCGAAAGCAGUGCAUACUAUCAGUAAUUUAUGUACACACAUUUUUUAUUUCUAUUCCAAUUAAAUAAUGCGAUAAACUUA